AUGUCUGUGCUCAGCGCUGUGCCUUUCCUCAAGCCUGGUCCCCUGAGGUCCCCCCGCAGCUCCCCCGGGGGACAGCGUCGCCACACUCUGCCCGCCAGCGAGUUUCGCUGCCUCAGCCCCGAGGAUGCCACCAGCGUGUUCGAGAUCGAGCGGGAAGCCUUUCUAUCCGUCUCUGGGGACUGUCCCCUCCACCUCGAUGAGAUCCGACACUUUCUGAACCUGUGCCCGGAGCUUUCCCUCGGCUGGGUUGAGGAAGGGCGGCUCGUGGCGUUCAUCAUCGGCUCCCUCUGGGACCAGGAGAGGCUCAGCCAGGAGGCCCUGACCCUGCACAAGCCCCGGGGCUCGGUGGUUCACAUCCAUGUGCUGGCCGUGCACCGCACCUUCCGGCAGCAGGGCAAGGGCUCCAUCCUGAUGUGGCGGUACCUGCAGUACCUGCGCUGCCUGCCCUGCGCCCGCCGCGCCCUCCUCAUGUGCGAGGACUUCCUGGUGCCCUUCUACCAGAAAUGUGGUUUCGAGGUGCUGGGUCCCUGCCAGGUGACGGUGGGGGACAUGACCUUCAUCGAGAUGCAGCACUCCGUGCGGGGCCACGCCUUCAUGCGCAGGAACAGCGGCUGCUGA